UACAAUUGCGCACAGCUAAAGCGUGCCAGGUUCAGGCUGGCUGUGAGGGAGGUUCUCCAGGGGAAAGGGAGGAAGACAGAGGUGCGACGUGGAAACAUAAACAAAAGAAGUAACGAGGAAACUUUGAGAGACCUUUUAGCUUUCUGGAGAACCUGACAUAAAUAAAUGAGACGAGAUUCAGCUAAAAGGUGAUAGGACCUGGGAGGAAGCAGCCGUCGCCAUGGACGAGGGGCUGACUAUUACUUUUAUAUCUGUGGCGAUGUUUAUAGGCUCAUUCCUGCUGGGAUUCAUUCCGCUGUUGUUCAAACUCUCUGUGAAAAGCCUGCAGUUUGUGUCCAUUCUGGGAGCAGGCCUACUGUGUGGGACCGCGCUGGCCAUCACUAUACCUGAGGGUGUGGGCUUACUGGAGGAUUCGUGGAGAGAAUCCUCUGAUUCUCCAUUAGCACCGAACGCCAGUGAAGAAAGUGCAUCUUCCAGCGAUGGAAGCUCACCGCCUCGGUUUUAUGUCAGCAUAGCUUUGACCUUUGGGUUCACCUUCAUGUUUGUUGUUGAUCAGAUUGGGGGAUACUUUUCCAAGCAGGAUCGAACAACACAAAUGUCGAACAACGCUCACAUCACAGCCACCAUGGGGCUGGUUAUCCAUGCUGCUGCUGAUGGAUUUGCUCUCGGUGCUGCUGUGGCCACAGGCCAAGUCACUGUACAGGUGAUUGUGUUUUUUGCCGUCAUUCUGCACAAGGCUCCUGCUGCCUUUGGUUUGGUUUCCUUCCUGAUGCAUGCAGGCCUUGAGAAGAAGUACAUUCAGGGACAUUUACUGGCCUUCUCAGCUGCUGCGCCUGUAGUCGCUAUCAGCACUUACUUCAUUCUGCACGCUACUGGAAAAUCCUCUGAGGACCAGCUUAUUGCAACAGGAGUUGGGAUGCUGUUCUCAGCAGGGACUUUCCUUUAUGUAGCCACUGUGCACGUCCUCCCUGAGGUCAGCUACAGCAGGAUAGAAGAACCCAUCUCAAACAGCCAGGAGCACAAUGACGUGGUGACCCACCAGACCAGACACCUGGGGCUCCUGGAGAGCCUCACUCUCAUCCUUGGUGUGGGGCUCCCUGUAGUGUUGGCCCUUGGACUCCACGAUGACUGAAAGAGAAUGGGAGUUUACUGCAUUGUUUAAAAAAACAGAACACUCUCUUAUUGCAGGAAUUAUAUAAACCUGCCAUUGUUUCUGCUUCUUUGGAGCUUUCCAAGUUUUGACAAGAGUUUUCUCUUUCACCUAAGUUUCCAUUACAAGGAAACAAAAGAGGCAUAUUUUUUAUGAGGAGGUACAAGUAAAAUCACACCCAGUGGGUAGAUUUACAGGUAGAACAAGAGAAUAAUUUGAUACUGUCGUGCAAAAAUGUGGAAUCUAGCUUUUGCAGUUUGCACUACAUUUUGUUUUUAUUUAGAGUUUAAAAACAUCAGCUAAACAUAAAGGAAUGCAAACUGAAUGAGACAUUUCCCCUUGUGACUAGCUGUUCCUUGUGUAUUUAUUUGCUUACUGUAGCUUAAAUACUGAGGAGUCCACAUAAAAGACAUGAAAAGUGCAAAGAUACUUUCUAUUUUUGAUGGAUUUUUUUAUGUGAAGCUUUACUUUUUAACAUGGCCCUAUGAAUGUUGUGUAAUAAGCUUCAGCAUUUUAAUUGCAGAGCCUUAAAUCGAGCUCUGAAAACUAAAUAACAAUCUUUUUUUUUUAUUUGAGGAUACCAAAUAAGUAGUGAUGAAAUCCUUUGUAUCUUGGCUGACACUACUACUUACAACCCCAUUUUACUCAUGUUAUUGUUUCUGGGUUUUAUAGUAUUUUUACAAGGUUAUAUCCUGCUAUGUUUUGCACAAUCUCUCCAAAUCACCUUGUGGAUUUGGAGCUGAAUUUUACUUUUGAAACCUCUCAUUUUAUCUUAUAACUUUGGUGAAUAAUGCCAAAUGACUGAAAAGUUUUAAUAUGUAAAGGUGAUUAAAAAAUAUCUUUAAGUUGUU